AUGACUUCCUAUCACGGCGCCUGUGGCGCGGGAGGCUCGGCAGGUGAUGAUGGCGCUCCCAGUGCCUCGGCGGCCCGGGGUGGUGCUUCAGGCGGCGGGGAAGACGAGGCGGGAGCGAUAGGGCGCGCCGCGGCAGGCGCCGCAAGGGCAGGCGAGGCCGCGUUGGAUGAUUUUUCGGAUGCGCCGGUGGGCGAACCGCACUCGCUCUCCGCGGCGGAAACAGCAGCAGCGGCGGAAGCAACAGCAGCGGCAGGAGCGGAUGGUGGUGCAUCGCCUUAUGCUGCCAGUGCGGGUAGCACGGGUGCUGUGAACAGCGUGGAGGAGGGGAUUGAACGAGAGAGGGGGCGAGAGACAGGGGAGACAGGGCAUUCUGGCGUGACAGCAGGGCCAGGAGAGGCAGGGGGAACAGGGGAGGCAGGAAGGACAGAAGAGAGAACAGAGCGUGUUUCCGAAGCUGAAAAGGUGGCUCGGGAAAUGAGAGCCGCAGAUGCAGCAAUCAACGGCGAGGAUCAGCCGCCGUUCCUGCCGGGCCUCCCAGACGACUUGGCGUGGGCCAUUCUUCUCCGCGUGCCUCGGAGCAACCUGCAGGUUCUCAGGACCGGUCACAACGCGUGUGUGGCGUUCGAUCCGAGCAGCAGCACGUGGCACACACUGCCACCCAUCCCGGGCGCCCAGCAGCGGUCGGUGCUGACACUGCAGUUCGCGGCAGUGAAGGGGCGGCUGCUGGUGGCGGGAGUGGUGGAGAGAGAGGAUCCGCUCGACUCCGCCUCUGGCGUCUUCAUCUACCACCCCGCCCGGAACGAGUGGAAGCGGGCGGCGGCGAUCGGUACUGGGCGGUGGUUCUGCAUGUUUGGCGUGGUGGGCGGGCGGCUGUACGUGGCAGGCGGCAUCGGCACGUCCAACAGCCUGGCGCUGGUGGGGUCCGUGGAGGCGUAUGACGUGGAUGAAGACCGGUGGUGGCAGGUGGGAACAGCAGCAGCAUCAGCACGAGCGGAGCUGAUGACACUGCCAGGGUACCAGGCAGUGGUGGGGGGUUGCCUGGUGGCGAAGAACAUCGGGUGGGGGCAGCGCCUGGGCGUGGCCUUCAACCCGCGCACCAACACUGUCACUGAGCUGCCCCCCGCCAUGGUGCAGGUAAGGCAUGCUGGAUGGUGCAGUGUGGUACAACGUGGUGGAGCGAUAUGUGCAAGAGUGGGGUACAGGACAGUGGUGGGGCGUAGGGCAGCACCUCAGCGUGGCUUUCAACCUGCGCUGCAGCUCCGUCGCUGA